UAUAUUUAAAAGAAAUCAUGAGUUUUUUAAUGAUGCCAAAGAUAUGUUAUAUAAGCUGUUUUAUUAAUACAGGCUUUUCUUCAUGAUGCUUCUGUGUGCUACAGUGGUUUUUAGUGGAGUGGGGAGGUAAUUUUGUGGGGGACAUUUGAGAAGGUCUGGAGACAUUUUUAGUUGUCACAGCGGGGGCACUACGGGCUGCUAGUCAGUGAGGCAGGGCUGCUACUACACGUCCUGCAUUGCACCAAACAGCCCCUACAACAAAGAAUUAUCUAGCCCAAAAUAUCAGUAGUGCUGAAGUUGAGAAACCUUGGUGUAGAGGAAUUCUUCAUAAAGCUUAGUAUCUACAUGUGUGUUACUUAGUUUAUUUCCCUCCCUAUGUGUCCCUUAAAAGCUAUACAGUUGGCCCCUGAACAACACGGAUUUGAACCACAUGGGUCCACUUAGACGUGGACUUUUUUCCAUAAACACAUUGGAAAAUGUUUCGGAGAUUUGCAACAGUUUGAAAAACUCACAGACGGGGGUGCCUGGGUGGCUCAGUCCCUUACGUGUCUGACUAUAGAUUUCAGCUCAGGUCACGAUCUCAGGAUUAUGAGAUUGAACGCCCAGUUGGGCUCCGUGUUGGGCAUGGAGCCUGCUUGAGAUUCUCUCUCUCCCUCUCUCUUUGCCCCUCCCCCCUAAAAAAAAAAAAGACAGAAAAACUCACAGAUGAACCACGUAGCCUAGAAUACCAAAAUAAGUAAGAAAAAAGUGCUAUUGUAAGAAUACAGCAUAUAAUACAUAUAACAUAUCAAAAUGUUUAAUUGACUAUUUUAUAGGUAAGGCUUCUUGUCAACAGGAGGCUAUUAGUAAAGUUUUGGGGGAGUCAGAAGUUAUAUGCAAGAUUUUCAAUUGCAUGAGUGGUUGGCACCCCAACCCCUGUGUUGUUCUAGGGUCAACUGUAUUUCAGCUGUAGGAUUGUGCUGUAGCACUGGAACCAAAAACAUUUAUUAUUAUUUUUUUUACCUCGGUAAGGCUGAGAAGAACAGUCAUUGAGAUGGUUGAGCUUAUGAACAUGAAAGGUUGGUGCUGUGUAACUCUUUCACUAGGGUUUAUUUUAUAAACAAAAUCUCUCUCAAAGGGUCUGUUGUCAUGUAAAUCAUUACUCAAAUACUCAUUUUUGCCCUUGCUAAUCCUAGCCAGAGUACAACCAUUUGUUGUCUGAGUGGGGAGGGGGAUUUCGAGUCAUUUAUUCAUGAUUUUUAUUACCUCUUGGCUUGAAUAUCACCAUUCAUUGUUCACAAGCCGCCCAGCUUGUUUACUUUUUAUAAAUUACAUGUAAUCAGUCCUCUUGCAGGUCUGGCUACUGUAAUUGGCAGUAGCCACAGAGCAGGGCUGACGAGUCUGCAUUAAUGCUGAUGUCUCAUAUUCAGCUCAUGUUCACUCUUCACGCUUUCUUGCCUCUUCCCUCUGUUUUUUAGAAGGAAGGUGAAGAGAGAAUGGCCACCAUGCCAUUGGUGCUUGUUUAUAAUUUGGUCGAGUCCCUGUGUGUUUUGGGAAGAAUCCACGGUUUGGGGCAGUGGUUCUCAGACUACUUCUGUGUGCAUUUUACUCACCUGGGUAACUUCUAAAGUGAGGCUUCUUCAGCCCUACCCACCUUCUGCUAUUUAGUAAAUUUAGAUUGAAAUCCAGAAUCCUGCUGAUUCUGAUAUAUGUGGUCCUUGAAAUUACACUUGGGGAGAUCCUUAGUUGGGCACGAGGGAAAAAGGGAGAAGAAAGAAAAUCCAGUAGAAAUAAAUGUGUAUGAAGAGUGGGAUAGGAAGGCAAGAACCCAAACUAAGAAAGCAACUUUAGCCUUUCUACUGUGAGAUAAGGGAAAUACACUGUGUUGCUGCGUGCUUACUGUUUUCUAACAGUGAUUUAGAUCAAACUGUCCCAUAAAGAGGACUUACUUAAAGGAAGACAAAAGUGAAAGGGAAUUUUUAGAAAGGUUAGAAUAUGAGAGAGUACCUAACUGAGACACUCGGAAGACAUUAUUAAAUCAAGAAAGGUAUUAUGUAACUAUUGAUUUUAAAAAAGAAUGUGCAUUCCUGCAUCAGGAGUUUAUGAAUGACUUAAGACAAAGAGGAAAGAUGUGAAGAAGGAUUAGCUCUUCACCAGAAGUUCUGGUUUUUCUGGUUAUUGGAUCUGAGAACAUAUUAUUAAAAUUCGGUCCAGAUUUCCUAGAAUAGUUCUAAUUUCAAGUAUUCUUUCCCAUUGUCUUUAUUAUUCAUGUCUGGUUCACCCUAAUUUUGGUUAGUUGACAUGUGAUUUAUAAAAGCACUAGAGCAGUGUACUAGACUAAAGAAGCCCUCUUGUUUUUCAGUCUGUGUGUGUCUGUGUUUAAUGUGUGUAUCCUCAUCUACUUUUUAAACCUAAACUUUGAUUUUAAAAUCCAUUUUAGAGAAAGAACAAGAGAGUCAAACAGACAAGACAGACUCUAUUUAGAAAACUGGAAGAAGUGGACUAGGUGGGAGUGGUUAUUUAAUCCUAGCAAAGGAAUAAAGUACACAUUUUAUUUCCAACUGCCUACUGAACUUACUCCAUUUCUAGAAAGCCAUGUCUGUUUUUUGGCAUAUUAGUUCCUUAGGGAACUUUACGAUCCCAUUCAGUUACAGUGCAGAAGGCUCUUGACACUGCCCCCCCACCCAAGUAAAAGGAUUUUGGAGAAUCACUUACAAAAUGAUGGCUAUAAGCUUUUGCUAAAUCAUUCUUUACUCUGCUCCAGCCAUCCCUGUGUCGGAGUGUUCAUUUUUCCAUGCUAGGAACCCAGACUGUUUUGUAAAACUUUUCACCCUUAUGGGGUCGUAUUGACUGGCUUGCUAAUCUUUCCUCCCCCCCCUUCCUUUUUCCAUCUUUCAUGCUGUCUCCCUUCUCCAUUUAUUUGCCCAGGAAUACUUCAGCCUCUUAAGUACUCUGCCCAUCUGCUCACAAGAUCUUAGAGAAUCUCCCCAUCUGCUUUUAUAAGUGUCGAGUAUCAUUACUGUUAUUAUAUGAAGUGUCUACCACACCCUCUCAUUGCACUGUGAGUCCAAGUAAGUUUGGUUAGUAAAUCACUUGGCUGCUGAAGUGAAAAGAAGGGCUGUUGCUGGAUGUGGUGGAGACCCAGAACUAACUUCUACCAUUUACUCUGGCAACCAAGAAAGGCGAGACUCCUGUGACUUCUACUCUGUGCAAAGAAUUGAAGUCAGGGCUCAUGACUUGCUCACUUCAUUCCAGGCAUGGAAGAGGAGAUGGUUUGUGUUACGCAGUGGUCGCUUAACUGGAGAUCCAGAUGUCUUGGAAUAUUACAAAAAUGAUCAUGCCAAGAAGCCUAUCCGUAUUAUUGAUUUAAACUUAUGUCAGCAAGUUGAUGCUGGAUUGACAUUUAACAAAAAAGAGUUUGAAAACAGCUACAUUUUUGAUAUCAACACCAUCGACCGAAUAUUCUACUUGGUAGCAGACAGUGAGGAAGAGAUGAAUAAGUGGGUUCGUUGUAUUUGUGACAUCUGUGGGUUUAAUCCUACAGAAGAAGACCCUGUGAAGCCACCUGGCAGCUCCAUACAAGCGCCAGCGGAUGUACCUUUAGCUGUAAACACAGCACCGCCGUCCACGCAGGUGGAUUCGUCCUGCACCGUUCCGCCUCCUCCAUAUCAGCUGAUUAACCUGCCACCGCACCUAGAAGCCCUUGGCAUCCAGGAGGAUCCUCAAGACUACCUCUUGCUCAUCAAUUGUCAAAGCAAGAAGCCUGAACCCACCAGCCAAGGGUCAUCUUUUGUUUCUGAAGAAGGAGAGGAAUACCUACUACUAGAAGAUUUUGAAAGCAAAACGAUUCCAUUGCAAACACAUGCUGAUUCUACAAAAUCCACCUCUUCUGAAACAGACUGCAAUGAUAACGUCCCUUCUCAUAAAAAUCCUGCUUCCUCCCAGAACAAACACGGAGUGAAUGGCUUUUUUCAGCAGCAAAUGAUGUAUGAUUCUCCACCGUCUCGUGCUGCGUCUGUCUCUGUAGACUCCAGCCUUUAUAACCUGCCCAGGAGUUACUCUCAUGAUGUCUUACCAAAGGUGUCUCCAUCGAGUACCGAGGCAGAUGGAGACCUCUAUGUUUUUAAUACCCCAUCUGGGACAUCAAGUGUAGAGACUCAAAUGAGGCAUGUAUCUAUUAGUUAUGACAUUCCUCCAACACCUGGUAAUACUUAUCAGAUUCCACGGACAUUUCCAGAAGGAACUUUGGGACAGACGUCAAAGCUAGACACUAUUCCAGAUAUUCCUCCACCUCGGCCACCGAAACCACAUCCAGCUCAUGACCGAUCGCCUGUGGAAACGUGCAGUAUCACACGCACGGCCUCAGAUACUGACAAUAGUUACUGUAUCCCUACAGCCGGGAUGCCACCGUCACGUAGUAAUACCAUUUCCACUGUGGAUUUGAACAAAUUGCGAAAAGAUGGUAGUUCUCAAGACUGCUAUGAUAUUCCACGAACAUUUCCAAGUGAUAGAUCUAGUUCACUUGAAGGCUUCCAUAACCACUUUAAAAUCAAAAAUAUAUUGACAGUGGGAAGUGUAUCAAGUGAAGAACUGGAUGAAAAUUAUGUCCCAAUGAAUCCCAAUUCUCCUCCACGACAACAUUCCAGCAGUUUUACAGAACCAAUUCAGGAAGCAAAUUAUGUGCCAAUGACUCCGGGAACAUUUGAUUUUUCUUCAUUUGGAAUGCAAGUUCCUCCUCCGGCUCAUAUGGGCUUCCGGUCCAGCCCAAAGACCCCUCCCCGAAGGCCAGUUCCUGUUGCAGACUGUGAACCACCCCCCGUGGAUAGGAACCUCAAGCCUGACAGAAAAGGUCAAAGUCCUAAAAUUUUAAGACCCAAACCCCAUGGUUUAGAGCGAACUGAUUCACAAACCAUAGGUGACUUUGCUACAAGAAGAAAGGCCAAGCCAGCGCCUUUAGAAAUAAAACCUUUACCAGAAUGGGAAGAGCUACAAGCCCCAGUCAGAUCUCCUAUCACUAGGAGUUUUGCUCGAGACUCCUCUAGGUUUCCCUUGUCUCCCCGACCGGACUCAGUGCAUAGCACAACUUCAAGCAGUGACUCCCACGACAGUGAAGAGAAUUACGUUUCCAUGAACCCAAACCUGUCCGGCGAAGACUCAAAUCUUUUUGGCAGUAAUAGUCUUGAUGGAAGAAGCAGUCCAAUGGUCAAGCCCAAAGGAGACAAACAAGUGGAAUACCUAGAUCUAGAUUUAGAUUCUGGGAAGUCCACACCGCCACGUAAGCAAAAGAGCAGUGGCUCGGGCGGCAGUGGAGCUGACGAGAGAGUCGACUAUGUUGUGGUUGACCAACAGAAGACCCUGGCUCUAAAGAGCACGCGGGAAGCCUGGACAGACGGGAGACAGUCCACAGAAUCCGAAACACCAGCCAAGGUUGUGAAAUGAAAAUACUGCUUCGCUGUUUCUGAACAAAAAAGAACCGCAUUGUAAAGAUAAAUCCUGUUUGACUGCAGAUGACUUGACACUUCUAGGUAGAUCUUCAACUGAGUGGAAUUGAAGUCAAAGGACCUUUCAGACGUAAUCAAGCAAUUUAGACUGUAGAUGGUGCUUUGGUAUCGGAACAAUUCGUAACAUGUAAAUAACGUGGGAAAAUAGUAUUGUUUAGCUCCCAGAGACACACUCGUUCCAUAGUUAACUCACUUGUAGUAUUACUGUAUUUAUGCACUUUUGUUUAAAACAUUGGUUUGGGUAUUCCCAAAUGUUCCUUACCGUAAUUCCUUUGGGAGUUCUUGUUUUUCCUCACACUACUCUAUAUAACAAUACUAAGUUGACUAAGCUACUUUCAGAUUUGGAAACUGCUCUUUAAACUACACUCUAACAACAUUAAGAUGAGAAGUAGAUCCACAAUUACGUUUCUCCCUGAAAGGUUAGGUGAUAACCAUUAGCUUACUACAGAGUAACAGUUGGACUCAUCACUCACGGACUUCCAGAGUGCCGAGGGUAACGUUUGUGCUGGUGUUAGGAACUGAUGGUCUGGUUCGUGUUCGUUUAGUCUUCAGUGUGGAACUUGCUUAUAUUUUGUUAAUUACUGUGUUUUUGGUUCAUUGAGUGAAGAUUCUGCCAGGUGGGAUCUUGCACCUCGAAAAGAUUGGAUAAUUUCACUGUCAAGUAAGCCUCCAGGUCAUUUGCAGCGUGCGCUGAUGAUGUGCUCUCACACUUGCUAACGUGUAUGAAACUUUACAUUAUUUGCAAAACAUAGAUGAUGUAACUAGUCAGGUACGUACCAGGCCCUGAUGUGCUAAUACACUGAUAAAGUUUAGACAAUGAGCUCCAGGUGUGUUCCUGUAAGUCCUAAUAUUGGUUUCCAGUUUGGACUUAACGAAACAUUCACUGUUAGUUAUAGCAACAUACUGUGAUUUUUUUAAUUAGACAGUAAUUCAGAUUUAUUACUCUUAAGAAUGAAAUUCUAUCUUUUGACACCGUAGUGCCCUUUCUAUGUUUUUUUAACUUUACUUUAUAUUCUUCUUGGCCUUAUAUUUAAAUCCCUAUGCAAUUAAUAUUUUAUAUCUACAUUUUUAAAAAAAAUAGAUGUUCUAUAAGUGAUUCUCAUAUGUAGCACCUAUUGCUUUUCCAGUAAAAGAAUUAAGGAUUUUGUACUGUGAUUUCUAUUCACUGCCCUAAUUCGAGAAACAUUGAAGCAUUGCUAUAAUGUGAAAUCUUAUAGUCAUGGAUCUCUUCCAACCAGAUUUCUGAAAUGACGAGAGGAAUUAUAUAAUUCUGUCUCACCUGUAAUAUGGUCCUGUGACAUGGAUAUCAGAACCACAAAUUUUAUAUAGUGAGGCUACAAUUAUAUUUAUCUGUUUUGGCUUUGCAGUGUAAUUUAGAAAGCAGGUAUAGUUGUUUGCCUUUUUUUUAACUAAGUUACAUACAAUCUCUUAUUGGUAUGAGAAUAACAGUUUUUGGAGGGGGCAGAGGUGGGAGUGCUCACAGCCGAGGCAUGAUUCCCUCCAUUCAGACCUCUUAACUGUUGCCUGAGUACACAGAUGUGCCCUGAUUUCUGGUCUCUUGGCCAUAGUACUGUGCCUAAGCAGUGUAAUGAGUUUAUUUCCCCAAUCCAUGAACUACAAAUGUUCAUAACAAGAUGAAUUGUAGACUAGUAACAUUUGAUGCUUUUAAAUGUUUGCUUCUUUUUAAACAAAAACUAAAACCCAGAAGUGAAUUUUCAGGUGGAUUUUUAAAUAAAAAGAUUGUCUGAAUUUGGUGUGUGCAAACUGUUUUAUAAUGAAACCACAAAAUAAAAUCCAAAAUGAUUGAAAGGUGCCUCAGCUAUUAAAGCACACAACACAGUUGACGUGCUAAGAUGCUAAAAUUGUGUUAUAUGGAAGAUGAGCGUAUUUUCAGAUUUAGAACACAACAAUAAGUAUAUUCAGUAAGUAUAUUAUUAAUUCAAAAAUGGAAAUCCUGUUUAGAGCUGCCUAUCAAAAGAGUCUAAGGCAAAUAGACUUGACUUUUUUAGAGUAGUUUUUCAAUUUUUUACAAGUUAUCAUUUUUGAAAACCUGCAGCACUCUAAUUUGUAGAAGUUUUCCCACUGUGCAGAGUAAUUUAAGAAUUGAAAUGUAUUAGGCAGUUUGUUUUAGAGAAUGAAAUCACGUUAAAACAUUGUAUUAACAAAUGAAAAGACAGUUUCUUAUGGAGCAUUAUUUUCCAGACAUUUUUUAGCAAUGGAAUCUUUCUUCAAUAAAAUUUUAUGUAACCCCAACACGUAAAGCCUGAAAAGUUCAUUUUAUCAGUGUAAAUAUUUUGGGUUCCUAUUUAAGUUUAUUUAUCUUAGUCCAUUACUAGGAAUAAAAUUUGCGAAUAACACAAAUGUGUAAUUGGCAUUAUAGAGUUGGCAAAAAACUUCAGUGGCCAAUUUGUUUUAUUUGCAUAUUAUCGAGAAAGUUUUGAUUCACGCGAACAUGAGUAAGUGUAAAUAAUAGCAGGUUUUAAACACACAUCUCAGAAGGUUCUUUGAUUAGAGAUAGCUGAAGUUUAUUCCAAGGUUUAAAAAAAAUUAUUCUUGUAGUGGAAGUUAAUACAUACACAGUCUUCAGUAUGGAAAAAAAAAAGGGGGGGGGUUAUGUAACACAUUAGAAUGUGCAUUUUUAUUAAGUUUUAAAAAUAUACACUUAGUAAAACAAAACUUUUUAAAACCCUAAUCAUCUCCAAGAAGCUGAGUUUUGGCCAUGCAAGAGUUUGAAACCACUGGUUGAUCAUAUGACAGUUAUAAGUCAGAAAUCUUUUUCUUCCAUAUGUUUGAUGUUCUCUAUUUUUUAUUCCUUACUUUGAGAAACUAAAAUUUUAUGAAGGUUUGAAUACCAAAGCACAGUUCUGCUUUUAAGAAUUGCAAUUUUAACUUGAAUAAUUUAAGCUACUUAACUCCUGGAAGGUAUCACUUAGUAAGCUAUAAAAGAUGGUUUUUAUCUACACUAUACAUUUUCACCAAUACUGUAUAAGCUACUGUGAGCAUUUUAGAGAAUUCCAUAAAGGUACUACUGUGUGUGUGUGUAGCAUUGUAUUUAAUCACAGACUAAAUUUGGUAGAGAAAUACUGCUAUACUUGCACAUUAAGGUCAUAAGUCAGUUUCUUCCGGACUCUAUAAUUAACAGGGGUCACAAUCUUCAUAUUCAUAAAUGCAUUUAAACUGGAAAUUGAACACAGUGUUUUUCUUUUUCUCCUAGUAGGAAGUUGUCUGCUCACCCCCCCUUAAACAAAGGCAGUAUUUUUGGUAUUUUUUAAAACAUUGGCUACUUUGUGCCUGUACACUAUACCGUAGACAGUGAUCAUAAUUCUUGGGAUGCUUUCAGACACUCUUAGUACCCCUUCCUUUGGCCCACUGAAGUAUUGGUAUUAGUAUUCUGAAUGAAUACAAAGCCUGUAAAAUUUUAGAGACAACAAGGUGAGCCUAUCCCUCCUAAUCUUGUCUUUGGGUCAUUCUGGUAGGUCUUGUCCUUUAUUGUCAAAUAAACAAUCAGAUCCAUGUCAGGGAUUGUACAUAUGACCAAAUCAAGGGGAUACAGGGAGAGAGACAUAUACAUAUAUCCUAGGGUAAGACUGAUUGUCAAUAACAGCUGAUGUGUUAUAUGUAAAUCUGUAUAUAAUUUAAAAUACUGACAGCUCUGAGAUGAAAAGCCAUGGUGUAAAUGAAUAAUGUAGACAUAGACUUGAUAGGAUGAAAAGUUGAUUGCCAGGUUGUGGAGAUAAUUGGAUUUUACUCUGACUAAAUACGUUUAUAUAUUACUACAGCUUGAAAUAACUUAGUUUGUCUUCUCUUCCAUAAACUUAACUUUCUUUAGGUUCAUUAAAAUGUCUAUUAUGAGUUUCAACAAACUGUUUAGUCGAGGGGUUAACAUACCUUCUACUUUACCUAAAAAGACAUGGUUUUGUGUAAGUUGUUAUAACCUGAAUCAAUUGUUGGUAAUCAUCCGAAAUUUCAACAGCAAAAUCCUAUGUAUAAGUUUAUUUUCCCCCUCUUGCACAACUUUUUUUGUAAGAUCCAAUUGUAGAUAUUUUCUGCUACCAAAUAAAACUUUUCAAACAA